CUGAUAUCGUGUGUAAAUAUAAAUACUAUGUAAAUAAAACAUUGUUUUUGGGAAGCAAUGUGGGCAAAGCAAGACAUAACAAUCCCUUUUUUACAAAAUCGUACUAAAGGUGCGCAGCCACACAAACUCGAGAUUCUUUCAAACUUAUACGGGCCCCACAUUCCACACGUGCACCUUCACCAACGGGAACUAUAUCACAGGCUCCUGCGUUUGAGCGCGUCGUGUUACCAGCAUUUCCUGUGUCUCAUAUCUGGAACGUACGAACUCUCCAAUGGAGCAAAGUAAUGCGAGAUGGGAGUGGUUCCGUUAUGAGGUCACGGUGAGGGACUGAACGCUCAGUAGCGAGCGCAAGCGGUAGACAGGAGACGGACGCGAUAGCUGGAAACGUUUAUUCACACAGCUGAAUGAAUCUCUGCUGGCAACAGAAAAAUAACAGGACCGCGUUUCCUUCGACAGGGAACUACUGAAAAAAAUCGCGCGUUGGCUUUAUAGGCGCAGGACAGGCUUGCAUACGAAAGACUCCAAGAAAAAAGAAAGUUUUCCUACGCGAAAACAAACUGGACGGAACAGUGCAGAAAUCGUGACGCAUAAGCCAUGCACUGGUUGUACAGCGUGGGAUAGUUCUUCUGGGGUCGUUCGUUUGAAGGGGAUGUCUUUUUGGUGGCUUUCUUCAACAAAAGUUUGACGCCAGGAACGCCGUAUUAUUCUGCACGACAAGAAAACACGUCUUUCUGAGCGGAACAUUUCUCGCGCUCGUCCAGAGUCGCUGUUUUCUUCUGUUUUUUGUUGGUUUGGCUGGAGGAUCCGUUCCUCGUCGUGUAGUUUGGGGGACAGGGGGUUGGUUGGAUAUCUAUAUUUUUCACUUUUCCUUCAUGGCCUCCUCCAGGAUGUAUCUUCUUAUGAAAUGCAUGCUGAUUUCCCAACUUGUGGUGUUGAUCGCGAAGAACAGUCGGGCGCUCAUUUGUUUGCCCUGUGAUAAGUCCAAAUGCGAGGAGCCCAAGCACUGUACGGGUACCGUGGUAUUGGGGAUCUGCGGCUGCUGCUCGGUUUGUGCCAAGCAGAAGAACGAGAGCUGCGGCGGCGUUUACGGUCUGUACGGGACCUGCGACCGCGGACUCCGGUGCGUGAUCAGACCCCCGUUAAACGGCGGCUCCAUCACGCAGUACGAGGUUGGAGUUUGUGAAGAUGAAAACUGGGAUGAUGACCAGCUAUUGGGCUUUGAGCCAUGCAAUGAAAACCUGGUUACGGGCUGUAACAUCAUUGAUGGGAAGUGUGAUUGUGACAGUGUACGAACAUGCAACAACCCAUUUGAGUUCGCUAGCCAGGAAGCCUGUCAGACAGCCCUGCAGAAGAUUGAAGAGGAAAGGCCGGACUGCUCCAAGGCAAGAUGUGAGGUGCAGUUUUCUCCACGCUGCCCUGAAGACUCUAUAUUGAUCGAGGGCUAUGCUCCACCAGGUGAAUGUUGCCCCCUGCCCAGCCGCUGCGUGUGUAGCCCAGCCGGGUGUCUGAGGAAAGUUUGCCAGCCUGGGCACCUCAACAUCCUUGUAUCCAAGAGCUCAGGCAAACCUGGCGAGUGUUGUGAUCUCUACGAAUGCAAACCAGUGUUCAGUGUAGACUGCAGCACAGUAGAGUGUCCACCAGUGAAGCCCGUCCAGUGUCCGGCGGACAGCUAUGAAACUCAGGUCAGACUAACAGCAGAUGGCUGCUGCACCCUUCCUACCAGAUGUGAGUGUUUGCCUGGCCUCUGUACCUUCCCAAAGUGCUCAGCGGGGACUUCCCCACAGGCCGUGUCCCGUGGCGAUGGAACACCUGGGAGGUGCUGUGAUGUGUUUGAGUGCGUCAACGAGACAAAGCUGGCCUGCACUUUCAACGGAGUGGAGUACCUUGACGGGGACAUGUUCAGGAUGGACGCCUGUCGCUUCUGCCGCUGUCAGGGUGGGGUGUCCGUGUGCUUUACAGCCCAGUGCGGCGUCCUCCACUGCGAACGCUACUACGUCCCUGACGGAGAGUGCUGCCCUGUCUGUGAAGACCCCAUCUACCCAGUGCUCAAUUUAGCCGGCUGUUAUGUGAAUGGGCAGAUCCUGGCCCACGGGGACCAUUGGCGUGAGGAUGACUGUACCUUCUGCCAGUGUGUGAGUGGAGAGGCCCGCUGUGUGGCAGCUGCCUGCGGCCACAGCUGUCUCAAUCCUGUCACUGUGCCUGGAGAGUGCUGCCCUGUGUGUGAGGAACCCACCUACAUCACGAUGGCGCCCCCUGCCUGCGGCUCCCUGGGCAACUGCACGCUGGAGGAAAAGAGCUGCCUGUAUGGCUUUCGGCUGGACUCCAACGGCUGCAGGACCUGCAGCUGCAAGACACGAGAAGAAUUGUGCAGUGGUCUAAUUGCCAGCUGCACUCUGAAAUGCCCUUUUGGCUUCCAGACUGACAUUCAUGGCUGUGAUGUUUGCCAGUGUCGCCCAAGUCACAAGAAGUGCAAAGCUGUGGCCUGUGCCAAGGACUGCCCAUUCGGCUAUAUUAAGAACAAGCAUGGCUGUGACACCUGCCGUUGUAAGAAAUGCCCUGAACUGCCAUGUGACAGGUCCUGUCCAAUGGGCUUCCAGCAUGAUGAGUUGGGCUGUCUGAUUUGCCAGUGUAAAGAUCAGAGCUCAUCGUCUGUGGCUCCAGCAGUGAAAUUGGGCUCCUGCCUGUCUAUGGACGGCCGCAGGCACGAGAACGGGCAGAGCUGGCAUGACGGAUGCAGGGACUGUUACUGCCAUGCCGGGAGAGAAAUGUGUGCCCUUAUUUCUUGCCCGGUUCCCCCUUGUGAUAACCCCACCAUCCGACCUGGCCACUGCUGCCCCACCUGUCCAGAAGAGUCCAGUUCCCAUAAACCGGAGCUGAGUGAGGCGUCCGUGUGUUUGGCUCCGGGUGGAGAGUACUUUGUGGAGGGAGAGACGUGGAACAUUGACUCCUGCACUCAGUGCACCUGCCACAGCGGCCGUGUGCUCUGUGAGACGGAGGUGUGCCCGCCUCUGCUCUGCCACAGUCCAAUCAGAACGCAGGAUUCCUGCUGCCCUCACUGUCCAGAUGAUCCAGUCACCCCUCAGGUGCCCAGUAAUGACAGCAUGCCCAGCUACUGUAGGAAUGAAGAUGGUGAUAUCUUCUUGGCUGCUGAGUCCUGGAAGCCCAACGUCUGCUCCAGCUGUGUGUGUCUAGACGGAGCCAUCAGCUGCUUCUCUGAGUCCUGCCCACCGGUCAACUGCGCCCGGCCCAUGCUCAGGAAGGGCCAGUGUUGUCCAUACUGUCUAGAUGCCACGCCGAGGGCCGUGUGUCAUUUCAAUGGGAAGACUUACAUGGACGAGGAGCGAUGGGACAUUGACAGCUGCACUCACUGCUACUGCCUGCAAGGCCAGACCCUCUGCUCGACUGUCAGCUGUCCUGUCUUACCCUGCCAUCAGCCGGUCACCGUGGAGGGCAGCUGCUGCCCCAUGUGUCCAGAGAGCUACGCUCCCACAAACGUGCCCAUCGAGAAGACGGACCAACGAGGAGACAAGCAGAGACAUCAACCCGCCUGGCCGACUCAUAGUGAAAACGAUAUUAUGCCAAAGAUCACAGGUGACUUCGGAAGCCUGCAGAUGCCCUACCUAGACGGCAAGACACCACAACCCAGUGAGGAUGCUGGUCUGCACUGGGCCUGGGUGGCAUUGCCCAUCCUAAUGAUGAUGCUCACUAUCGCCGCCCUGCUGUUGGUCAACCAGCGUAAGCAGUGGAUCCCUGUGCCUUGCUACCGCACUCCCAAUAAGCCCACAUGUCUCAAUAACCAGCUGGUGUAUGUGGACUGCCAGAAGGGGACAAAGGUCCAGGUGGACAGCUCCCAAAGCAUGCUCCGCAUUGCAGAUCCUGACUCAAGAUACAGCGGUUACUACAGCAUGCAGAAACACAACAACCUGCAAGCUGACAACUUCUACCAGACCGCGUGAGACACAGGAGAGAGAGAGAGAGUGAGUGAACGAGAAAGAGAGAGACUGAGCCCGUGUUCAGCUGCCAAACCUUUGCGGCACAUGGACACCUACUAAAAAAACUGUAGAGACGGACAAAGCCACCAAACCAAGUGGUCAGAGAAGAGACCCUGAUACCGAAUAACAAUUAUGAUAAGUCACUCCAAACAAAUCAAAAAAAUAUAUCACACGUCAACACCGAAAGUCUCACCAGGAGAUGGAAGCCGCACCUAUGUAACCGAACCAUUACGGAGUGUGAUUGUUAAAUUGGAGAGAACUCUUCCAGAAUAUUUUUGUGAAUCAGAAGUAUGGUAGGUUGAGCAUCUUUUGUGUGUAAGCGUGAGAUUUCGUGGAUGUUCAGGCACAAGUUGAAGUUAGUCGUGAAGUCAAAUGAACGUUUUGGGGAUUAGGACAACUGGGGUGUUGUUUUUGUUUGUUUUCAACAAUAUUUUUCCUGCAUUCCUAACUUUUUCUGUUGGAAAAGAGAGAAUUAUUUUAGGAGUGAUAACUUUUGACACAAGUGCUUGUGUGAACACUUAAUGCUGAACCAAAGCUCCUCUGUCUACAAAACCAGACCAGGCGAGAGGCCGAGGAGGGACGUUCGCUUCCCUGAGACAGAGGAGAAGCUGGACUGUGUACGAAGCACAGCAGAGAGAUGGGUAGAGGGAAAAAAAGAGGGAAAAUCAGAUGAAAGAAAAUCUGUUGUUGCAACAGAUGCAUUUUUGUAGAAGAUGCUACUGUAAGAUUGUGAUUUCCCCAGUUGAUGUGGGUGAGUUUGGCCGUUUUUGUUUUGUUUUUUUGUUUUUCUCUUUAAAAGACAAAAGGAGGAAAACAGAGUAAGCUGCUCUGUGGACAUGAGCUCUUCCUGUUAAUGGAUGUGUGGGGUCUCUAUGUUGUAUUUCUGCUUACAUGUACAAGCAUUUUCCCAUUUAAUCAUACAAACACCAUUUUUUUUUCUCCCACAACUAAGGGCAGAUUGACACUCCUAGCAAAUAUGUAUUUUCCUGAAAUGAAUCAGAAGAAUGUGAAGCGAGAUGCAGGAACAUAGUGUUAGUGGAUUGGAUUUAAGGCUAUGCUUUACAAGUGCUGCUUUUUUGCUUUGAUUCUUUAAACCUCAUUUUGUAGGGAUGGAAACCAGUAGUGAGAAACGUUUACCAAGAAAACUGAAUUAAAGGGCCUUAUUCCUGAAAUGUGAGCAGAAUGGGUUUUUGUGUAAAUCACUCCAAAAACAUUCCUAAGUUUAAAAGUUUUUGUAAUGUUCGUGUAAAUUUAUAACUGAGGUGUAACAGUAUACAUAUUCACACCAAAAAAAUUCAGUACGGGUCUUUUGGUUCUGUACACAUUUUAACACCUACAUGUGUGUCUGGAAUGCAUAUAGAAAUCGUAAGGGAUAUCAAUAUAUUUUCAAACGAUAUAUAGGAUAUUUAGGACAAUACCGUUUAUAUCGAUAUACUUUGAUAUUGUUAACACAUUUGAAAGUCAACACAGAAUAAAGAGUGAGCUGCUGCGGGGAAAUAAAAAAAAAAAAUGUCCUAAACAUGAGACAUGCUUAAAGGGAUACUCCAUCGCAAAAUGAAAAUUUUGACAAAAUUUUCAUUUUGGGGUGGAGUAUCCCUUUAAGAGUUUCGAACUAAUUAAGCAUGUUUUCAUCAGCACAUGGAAUCUUGCAGUUUUAUCUUUAUCUGUUAACGUGAAAAGUCAUGUGAGUGUUUCCAUUUUGCAAGAAGGCUUGCCCUGACAGCCAAUGGGUGUCCAUCAGACUUUACUGAAGGAGUAGCAAUGCAUGCAUGCACGUCAAACAGUCAGAGCGCAUUAAUUUUAAAUAAAAGAUUUUGCUAAUAUAUUUUACAUCCAAAAGUGGAAAAACUUAAAAUCUCUGAUGGAAAACCACUCUUAAGUUGUUUUAUAAAAAAAUUUAUACACAAAAAAUACAAAUUUGAUGGCAAUUUUCCUAAGAGCGAUCUUACAAAUUAUUUCUAAAUACUAUUAGUUCUGUGAAUAAUUUACACAAAAAAGUUGUAAAUUGUCGAGAUUCUGAAUUGUCGGCAGUUUACAUAAGAAUGGUCUUAUGAUUGCUACAAACUAGUAGUUCUACGAUCUAUUUACACAAGUUCUUAGUUACCAGAAAUUUACAAAUAUUUUACAAACAAUUUACACCAAUAUUAAAUUGGCUGAAAAUUACAUAGGUUUAACAAAUUAUAAUUAGUAGUUCUAUGACGAAUUGACACAAACAGUUGUCUACAGUUUAUGAGAGAAUGGUUCUACGAGAGAUUUACACAGAAGUUGUGCCAGUGUUUCAUGAAUGAGGUCCAAAAAAAUGAUCAAAUGACUUUUAGUAGGGGAUCUGAGAGAAACGUAUAAUGUUUUUGGAUAAAUGUUUCCUGUUUUCUUUAUUUGUACUGUUCACGAAACUGCCUCCUUUUCUGGGAGCUUUGAAGCAUUACUGAGGCACCUUUGUGUUCUGGUUUUCUAGCUGAGAACGAAUUUGGCUUCAAAAAUCCAAAGCUAUUAUAGGAACAUUUAUGUACAUAUUAUUACUAAAAUGAAAAGACCUGAAAUAUUAUGUGUGUAUGUAUAUGUGUUCGCAUGUACGUACGAGUGCACACACACAAAUGCACAUGUACGCACACAUGACUUCUCUUCAUUGGUAAGUUUCUUAGUUCAUUUUCCUAAUGAAUGUAUUUAUGAUUGAGCAAAAUAAGAGAUUUAUAUAAUGGCAAACUGAUGAUGACAGGCAUUCCAUUGCCUUUCUUGUUUGAUGGUAAUUAAAAAAGCACAGACGAUGAUGAUAGAGAAAGAAAGACAAACAUCUCAUUCUAUCUUUAUUUUUGUGUGUAUUUUUUCUCUCUCGUUUUCUCGUAGAGUUUUGCUCAGUUGAACGUUUUGGGGCCCAUAAGAGUCACUUUGGCUUUGUUCAAACAGGCAAAAUUCUGAUGUUUUGGCUUAUCCAACUUAAAAUUGUUUUUUGAAGUGUGAAAUAUAAGACCACAAGAAAUCUAAUUUUUACUUAUGACAGUGUGGACAGCCAAUUCUAAAGAUCAGAUUCGUGAUUCUGAGAAUUGUGAUCUUACAGCUAAACUAUGAAGCUCUCUUUUCAUUGUUUCCUGUCAUGAGUCCCUUCAAGUGUCAGAACUACUGGAAUGUUGAUGGACACAAGCUGUUGAAGUGAGGGGGCGGGGCGAGACGAGGGGCGCGGUAGUGGGAGGGGAGAAUGGGUGGGGCUGGUUAUUUGUGAUAGUUUGUCUUGGUUGUCUUUAUCUCUAUGUGAUAUUUUUUGUAGAGCUAUACAACUUGGCACUUUUACAUAUGGAGAGAAGUAACCUAUGUGUUUCUUUCUUAUUUUGGUUUUGUUUGAUAACUAAUCUUUUUUGUAGAAUGAGUUGCCCUUCUUUUUUUUUUUUUCUAAACCCUUGUGGGACCCUGUGAAGCAGUAAUCUCUUGAAAACACUUCCAAGGCACACUUCACUCUUAAAUCAAAUAUUAUAUUUUGAAGAAAGAAAAUCAAGCCUUUUUUAAAACAAUUUUCAAUUUGCAUUGUGACAUUAUUUUUAUAACAAUUAAGCACAUUUUCUCUGGGGCAUUUUUUUAGAUGUAUUAUUUAUUUUUUUAAUUAAAUGCAGAGUCAAGCAGAUAAAUGGUCUGUGGCCUGCUUCAAAUGAGUGGCAUUGUAACAUCAUAAACAUUAUAUCAAACAUUUAUCGAACUCUUGUUAUCGUUUUAUCGUGGAAAAUUGUAUAAGGAUAAUUAUCAUUAUCAUUGAUUUAUCGCCCAGCCCUAAUUACAGUAAUAGGAAUUUUCUGUAUUGCAGUAAUGAUAGUUUUGAUAAAGAAUGUGCUUAAUUGUCAUGAAAACCGUCAUGAAUUAAUCACAAUGCAAAAAUGUAUAAUGUUUUUGUUUUAUUUUACUUUUUUCUUCUUCUUCUUCUUUUGAUGUUGGGCUGAAAUAUGACCCAGAUGUUAGUUUUGUGGGAUUCACCCACUGAUACAUUUGUUUUAGAACUUUUUAAUUACAACAUUCAAUUCUGUAAUAAAUAAUAGCCACGUAUUCACAACAUCACUUACUGUAUUAUGACCACAAUGCUAUAAAGUCGCAGUUUAGUCUUAAUUCAAGCACAUAAAUGUGUAGAUGUAACCGAGAUGUAAGUUUUUACUGGCAAGGCUUGCUCUUGAGGAUCUAAGGCUAAUUAGAGAGAUCUGGACCUUCGCUCCUGUUUAUUCUUUACCACGUUUCUGUUUUGUGGAAGUUAAACAAUUGAUUGGUAGUCCUGUCUUCCAGUCACGGCCAAUCAAAAAGCCUCAGAAAGACAAUAAACAGCAAUUAUUAAUGGAUCGCUGGAGAGAGCGUUGCCCUGGAGGACCCAGUCACGUUUACAAAAAUAAACUCAACAGCAUUUCAGCAAGAUGUCAUCCAUAUUUAAUGAGCCAUGUGAAAUCUGUGCAUAGCCCACUUUCAAGUUGAAAUGCAAUUUCCACACACAAAACAACAUUUCCUCCUCAUUGCCUCUGAACACACUGUGCUUGCGUUCAUGGAUGAAAGCCAAUGAACACUACUGACUGGAUUUGAUUAGGGCAGACCUGCACAUUUAUUUGGGUCUUACAGGGGGAGGCUUUUUUUUUUCUUUUUUAGUGCAUUCUCUAAGUAUUGUUGUAAAUACUUGAGUGUCACUCGCCAAAACUUACAAAAAAAAGUUGAAUAAAAAAAAAUACAAAAAAGUUUGGAGAAAAUUAGAGAUGUAAUAUAUUGUCUAUGACCUUAAUAAUUUAUUGUUGAGCAGAAAAACUGAACUUAGUGGAAGACGCAGCUCAAAUCACAAAUGUUUGUGUUGUGUUGAUCUCUCAAAGAACGUUUCAAAGUUCAAGAUUUCAUAGAGUGUCCGUUUGUUCUUUUUCUUCUUAUUAUUUUGGUUCUUCUGAGAGCACAACAAUGUCCGUUUUUCAAAACUAUUCUAAGCAAGUUUAUUUGUUCCAAGAAAUUGAAGCCCAAGAAGCUUCUAGAAAUGUGUCCCCGUUUCCCCUCUCCACCCUCUCAUGCUUUCUUUCUACAUGAAAUAUCAACUCUUCUUGAGUUUGUAUACUACUGGUGUUUAAUGUUCAUGUAAAAAAUAAUGUCAACAUGGGUCAUGAUACUGCAGAUUUACAUAUAAAAAAAGGGUAGAUGAAAAGUUGACUCAGAAUUCCUGUAGCACAGCAGUUUUUUUUUUUCAGUUUCUCAUAUAAUUUUGUUUCUUUGCAGCACAAUAAAUACUUUUUAAACAAA